UUGAUCAUUGAUGGUGACUGAGUGGCUUAAUUUGGAAAUAUAUUCUCAUGGCAGAAAUGGGUAGCGAAAGACUGCGCUCACCUGAAUACUCCUGGCUCCUAAAUGUCCUCAGCGAGGCCGCCGCCGCCGCUCUACACAGGGCGUAGCUCACGGCGUGACCACCAGUCAGUAGCUUCUGCUCAUUCUUCAAGUUCAUCCUCUUCACGUAGCAGUCGUUCGCACGCACAUCCCGCAGUCGAGUCUGCCGUCACACGUCUUCUCGUGGCUAUCAAACAGCUUCUUGAGUCUCUCACCCAAUGGAGCACCGGCAAAAUGGGCAAGAUCCAGGUGAGCGACGUAUACGUCCGCCUCGGGGAUGACUUCAACGCGGCUGUGACUGCGUUUUCUGCAUAUAAUAUCGAUAUGUCUCGCUCAUCAAAGUCUGACAAAGCUUCGCGGCGUGAUGACGAUUUGAGACAUCGGUCGCAGCUAUCGCGUACCAUAUUGGAGGAGGAGGGGGAGGGGGAGAGGGACAGCACGACAAAACAGUCAGUAAGAUCGUCAGCAAGACGACAAGACCCGAGGAUGCAGACACCUCCGCUAGCAUCCCCGCCACCCAUAUUCCGCGAACCUGACGAUGAAACGCCGCCUAAUGAAAAGAUGAUCACGAACAGUAUCAAUGGGCAUACCAGUGGAGGCUCAGCACAGCCUCAAGCUCGACAAUCGCAGAACACGUACAAGUCCGAUGGUGACGCGCGUUCGCGCGACUCAUCAGAGACCUUGGUCGCACCUUCCGUAGCAGCAACUCCACAUCAUGCUCCACCCAGCGAGUCAGACAAAAAUUUACCGCAAACGCCUCAGAGUACUCCCGUGCCUGCCUCCGUCAAGCGCUAUUCGCUCGUCGAUAGACCAGUUUCCUUGUCACCUCUGUCACUCCCUGCAGUGCUGAUAGAUGAAGCUCCUUUCACUCCUGUCGAAAUCUCCUCGCCACAAACUCAUCUUAUUGAUAAUCUGCAAGCACCUGCAGUCGCCAGCUCCCUGGCCACAUUGAAGAAAAGCGACGUGCUCGAGCGGCGUGCGUCGAGGCGCUUUUCGACGUACAAUAUCACGAAAAUGACAGGCUCACGGGAGCUGUCAGGUAACCGGCGGACAAUAGCAGCAGGGCCAUUGCUGACGCCAGGGGACUUAGCGGUUCUAACGGAAGUGGAUGAACCGGACGUUCAGCGUACUGGCAGCACACGAUCUAACAGAACGAUCGCGCGAAUACCCUCGCCCAUAGCCGAGGCGGAGGCAGCCCCUCCUGUUCCUCCACUGCAUCCACUAACAGAACCCGCGCGCUUCCAACGAGCUCGUGCGCUGCCUGAAGCGGACAACGUGACAGACAAGCCAACGAUCUUUGAAGAAACACCUGGAUCUAUUUCGCCGAUCACGUUCUCAGUUUUCUUACAAGUCGGGCGAGAAGUCAAGAAGGUCACCAUCGAACCUGGUCUGUCCUUUUCGUCGUUGCGGAUGUUAUUCGUGGACAAGUUCUCGUAUAAUCCGGGUCUGGAGAAUUUCCCUGCGAUAUACAUACGCGACCCCUCUAGCGGCGUGCAGUGUGAGCUGGAGGACAUCAAGGAGGUGAAGGAGAAAUGCUUACUAUCUCUCAACAUCGAACCGCUCGAUCAAAUCAAACAACACAUCGACUCCCAGAUAUCAACGUUGUCUAAUGAUCUCAAAGAACUUCACACCGCAAUUUUAAACGACCGUCGAUCGUCCCACGUGAAUCCUAUCAUUGCCCAUGACUUCGUCGAGAGCACACCUAGGGCAGAUCGACCAUCCGAAAGGCAACUACAUAAUGUCGCACGUAGGCUAUCACGCAUUGUGGGUGACGCCAGUUCGAGCGGCAGUCCAUUCAUGUUGCCUCAGAUGACUGGACAGUCUCUUCAACUACAGCCGCAAACGACGGGGGCCUCGAUAAUGUCCGAGUACUCCAAUCGAGUGGUAGAUGAUUUGAAGACGCAAUUCGACGAGGUACAGAACCUGCGACGUGAUCUAGGAAUCAUGAGGCAGUUGUACACGGAGUUCAUGAAGUCGACAAAGGAUUCAUUGGGCGCUUUGCGGACACAGACACAGUCCGUGAAGCAGUUAGCCUCUAUCAAAGUUGGCGGUGCACGGGGCUUCAUAGAUCAGGGGAAGACGAAGUUGGACUCUCGGAGUCAGAACGUGCUGACGAAGGUAGAGGAGUUGCAGGACACAGUGGAAGCACUGCGAGAUGACGUCCUCAAGCGCCAUAUGACACCCAAGCCUCAACUAGUGAAGCAGAUUCAAGAGGACAUCGCUUCCACUGCUACGGAGCUGACAAGUCUCAAAGAGCACAUCGACACCGUCAGACCUAUGUGGAAGAAGACGUGGGAAGAGGAGCUGCAGAACAUCGUAGAAGAACAAGGCUUCCUCAGUCAUCAAGAAGAAUUCUUGACCGAUCUCCUCGAGGACCACAAAGCUUCGGCGGACGUCUUUGGGCAUGUUGAGAAGGUCAUUUCCAUCCGCGGCGCCACCCCCGGACGCAAUAUCAGAGGCCGCGGAUUCAGGCCUCUUCCAGCGGACGAGGGGCAUACUGGCCUGAGUACUGUUAUGAUGGAAAUUCGGGGCGCUGCGGUUGACCCAGAGCGACGGACAAAAGCAAUCGAGGCUAACCAGAAAAAUCGGGAACGAGAACUCACGAGCCGGUCUGACGAAUUUCAGGAGGAGCUGACAGGAUUUGUGGGUGGCAAGAAAUUGCGAAUGACAGGCGGAGCAGAAGAGGUGGAUAGAGUGUGGCAGAGAAGGAAUGAGUUGGCGCUAAAAGCGAUGUUCAACAACACACCCGUAUCCGUUGACAACUUAUCAGGUUUCCCGACUUCCCCAAGUCCUGCUUGAUGGCUAACAUUACUAGAUCAGAACUUCGACGCGGACAUUUGGUAGUCACUGUCCUUGUGGAACCUGUAUUCUAUGCUUACUGGGACUUGA